CCGAAGGGUGUUAUCAGAUAUUCAGAGCAGCGAGUAAAAUUUUUCGAAAAGAACGAAAUUUAAAAAAGUUUGACUUCGAUUUUUAAACCAUAACUAUAAACUUUCGUCUGUAAAAUUUACUUACGAUGACAAAAUGGAACGAAUUCAUUUACCGUUAUAAAUCGUCAACCAUCCUCGUGAAAUUUUGAAAAAUAAUCAACCGUAGAUAUAACUUAAGUUUCUAUUUGUACCAAAUCGAGGGACUGGAAUUUUGUCUGGAAUUGAGUAAAAAUCGAGGUAAAAAUGUAAUCUUUUCAAUACAGUGUAGCCGAUAGAGGCAGAAGAUACUCGCAAGAAUAAAAAUACGGGGGUAAAGAUUUUCUACCGUUCGCUAUUGAAGCUCAUUUUUUGCAACCAUAAAGAUUUUUCUCCGACGGCUCAAGUGUCCAGAUUUAUACAUACAUUAUGCAUAUCGCUCCAAAUUUUCUCCACGAUACUUGCACGGAAAUAAGAAAUAAGAUUCUCGCACGUUUCACCGCGGUGGAAAAAAAAAACAAGACCACCACGACCAUUGGAAACAAUAACAAGAUGUUGAAAAAACAGUGAAAAAUAGCAAAUUCGUUGUGACAUUAUAUGUUUGUAUACUCGAGGAAUGAAUAUCGUGAACACAGAAUUCAUCGAUCCGUUUGCACAUUCGAAGAGAAUUGCAACCGCAUACUAAUUAAGAAUUUAAAUCCUAACUAAACAAGAAUCGCGGUAUGGAAUUAAUUUCCAACAAUAUCGGGAGUUCUGGAAAAUGAAAUUACGGUGAACUGAAAUUUUCGACAAAGACCGUCGACUUGCUGUUUGUUUAAUUAUCUAAGUGUCUGUUCACUUGUAUUGAUACAAGAAUGAUUGCCGAUUCGGGCUGCAAACUCGGAAAAAUUACAAUGCGGAACAAUUAUUAUUACACAAGUGUUGUAAAGUAAAUAUAACAGCAAUAUGACGUUGAAUAGUUUUGUAAAAAUUCUCGUUCCUGAACGUUAAAGAAAUCGUAAAUGAAUGAUUAAUCGAACGCUUAAUCGAAUUCGAAAAAUCGCGAACAGCAACAAGCGACAGUAAAAGAUAAAAAAAUAAAAAAAAGAAAAAAAGAGACAUGGCAUCGAAAACGGAAGAUGAGGACGUCGCAUCGCCCUGCCGAAUAAAUAAAUUUUACAACAAAUAAAGCGAUUUAAUAAAGAUAUUGGAUUGGCAAGUUGAUUCGUCAUAAUAAUGACGGUCUACCUUUUGAGGCUCGUUUAUUUAUCGACGUGGAUUUUCGUACCGCUGCUUGUUAAAGAUAUCGGUGCAAAUCAUACGAGAAAGUUUGAAAAAUGUCCGAGGACAAGCUUUGCUUCGGGUGCUCAGGGUUACAAUUUUUUGUACGAUUAUUUGACCGGCUCGGGGCUUCACAGUUUCAACAAAAGUUUGACUAUAGGAUUUUUGGGCUCAUACGGAAGAAGUCAGGUGGUUCUCGGAGCGUUACCCUUGGCCAUAGCCACCGUCAACUCGGAUCCGAAUCUCUUGCCCGGAAUAGAGAUGAAGUUCCUCGCUGCUGACAUAGGAAGAAGCAACGCCGACUCGCUGGCGGCAUUGGGUAUAAGGAUAAUGACGGAAAUGAGGGAUUCCGGAACGGUAGCUUUCAUAGGACCAGACGACUCCUGCAGAUCAGAAGCGCUUGUAGCAGCGGCGUGGAACUUGCCGUUGAUUUCAUAUAAAUGCGAGGACCCGGAAGUAUCGGACAGUCGAGUGUACUACACGUUUGCCAGGACACUUCCGCCUACGAGUAAAAUAAGCAAAAGUGUCGUCGCUCUCUUGAGAGCUUUUUCUUGGACGAAGAUUGUCGUCGUCUGUGAAACUAGGCCAGCUUGGAGUGAGAAGCUCAAGGAUUACUUGCAGAAUUACGGUAUCACCGUGAUGGACACCUUCACCGUCAACGAUUACAUACCGAUAUUUGAAAGCAAAUUGGACGAUAUCGUGACGGCGACGUAUCUGAGAACUAGAGUCUACCUGUUCGUCGGAGAGCACAUAGCGCUGGUGGAUUUCGUCAAGUGUCUUCAGAAACGGCGGCUACUGUACACGGGGGAUUACAUAAUCGUUUCGGUAGACGACAAGAUCUACGAUCCUCAAAGGAGGAUAGACAUAACUCAACGGAAUUACAUAGACCCGUAUCUGCCGGACAGGAACAUGUCACAGGAUGUAAAGUUCGGGUUUCGAUCCGUCCUGAAGCUAACCCCGACUCACGUAAUAAAUCCAAACUUCAAGGAAGUCUGCGAGCGUAUCAAGAACUAUUCGGUGAAGCCGCCGUUUUGUGUUCCGUAUCACAGUGAGAUUUUCAAGACAAUUGCGAUGCCUAUUCAAGCAGCCUAUUUAUACGAUGCGGUUAUGAUAUACGCCAGGGCGGCAACCGAGCUUCUUGCUGAGGGCGAAGACCCCAGAAACGGAUCGGCGAUAUUGAGCAAAAUUCGCAACCGGAGCUACCAUUCGCUUCAGGGUUACGACGUUUUUAUAGACAAAAACGGAGAUGCCGAAGGUAAUUUCACGGUGGUAUCGCUACUCGACGACGAGGAGACCAACGGAACGUUCAAGAUUCUGUCCAUGCAGCCCGUCGGCUAUUUCCAGUACAGUGACAACGACACCGGCGGAAUACCGAGGUUCAGAUACAUCAACCCGAAGAGAGAAAUUCAGUGGGUCGGUCCUGAGCCGCCCAGAGCCGUACCGGAGUGCGGAUUCACCGGUGAACUUUGUCGCGACGACGUCGACGAGGAACUCGACGAUCCUUCGUCGAACAUCAACGACUGGAGAGACUGGAGACUCCAGGUUGCCCUGCUGGCUGCGACUGCCCUCGUCGUUGUCGCUGCGGUAUUUGCCUUCAAGCAUUACAGGUACGAACAAAAAUUGGCCUGCAUACUUUGGAAAAUAGAGUUAAAGGACCUAACGAUGAUUCCCAGCGACGUUUCAGACUCUUGUAACGAGAAAAGCGUGGUGUACCUAGGCGAGCCGGGUUGCACUCCAAAAGCGCACACGCGAGUUGCUCUCUACAGAGAAAGCAUAGUGGAGGUGAAACCGAUCUAUAAAAAGACGGUGGACAUGACAAGGACGAUAAGAAAGGAGCUCAAGCAGAUCAGAGAGAUUAGGCAUGAGAACUUGAUACCGUUCAUGGGGGCGGUGGUAGAGCCCGGGGCUAUUUUCAUCGUGACGGGCUACUGCGCUCGGGGAUCGCUUCGGGAUUUGUUGCAAAACGACGACCUGAGGUUGGAUCCGAUGUUCGCGUCGUCAUUGGUCGCCGAUUUGCUUCGGGGAAUGAUCUACCUCCACGACAGCGACAUCAUAUCGCACGGUAAUUUGCGGAGCAGUAACUGCCUGGUGGACAGUCGAUGGGUGCUACAGAUCUCGGACUUCGGACUCCACGAAUUCAAGUCAGGCCAGGAGGAGCCUGACCACCAGAAAAAGGAGCUUCGACGAAUGCUCUACCGAGCCCCGGAGCUUCUUCGAAGCGCAGCACCACCGGCCAGAGGCUCGCAGAAAGGGGACGUCUACAGUUUUUCCCUAGUUCUUUACGAAAUAAUGACGCGUCGAUUCCCCUGGGACGACACGCUAUUGACCCACUCGGAGAUCGUCGAGAACAUAAAGAAAGGACGAAGGCUACGUCCGACUUUGAGCUACGUGAAGGGAGUCUCGGACUACAUAAUAAGGUGCAUCGAGUCCUGCUGGCACGAGGAGCCCGAGGUCAGGCCGGACAUGAAGCUCGUUUCCGUUGUACUAAAGCCGAUGCAGGCCGGACUAAAGGCUAACAUAUUCGACAACAUGCUCGCUAUCAUGGAAAAGUACGCUUGCAAUCUCGAGGGGCUGAUUCAACAGAGGACGAACGAAUUGGUGGAAGAAAAGAAAAAAACUGACGCUCUGCUGCACCGGAUGUUGCCUAAAACCGUCGCUGACGCUCUCAAGAGGGGAGAUCCGGUAGAAGCGGAGAGCUUCGACAGCGUCACAAUAUACUUUAGCGAUAUCGUUGGUUUUACCGAAUUAUCAGCGGAAAGUACUCCUUUACAGGUGAUUACACUUUUGAACGAGCUAUACACCUGCUGCGAUUAUAUCAUCUCGCAUUACGACGUUUACAAGGUUGAGACCAUAGGGGAUGCUUACAUGGUCGUUUCCGGACUGCCGAUCAGAAACGGGGAUAAACACGCCGGGGAAAUAGCUUCCAUGGCGCUCCACCUCCUACGACGUAUCAGCAGGUUUGAGCUGCCCCACAAGCCCGGUGAAAGUCUCAAAAUCCGUAUAGGAAUUCACUCAGGUCACUGCGUGGCCGGUGUAGUCGGUCUAAAAAUGCCGAGGUACUGUCUCUUCGGUGACACCGUGAACACCGCCUCAAGGAUGGAAUCCUCCGGAUCACCGCUCAGGAUUCACAUGUCCGAGGACGCGUGGAAGUUACUGCAGAAACUGGGUGGUUAUCAGGCCGAGGAACGAGGAAUGGUAGAGAUCAAGGGAAAAGGGGAAAUGAAAACGUACUGGUUAGUGGGAGAGGACCCGCUGUGCAGACAGAAUCGUAUAUUCGAAUCGAAUUCGCACUUUCAUCACUCCCACUACGGAUCACUGUGUUCAUUAUCGUCUGAUAGGCUUACCGAAACGCCGGAUCUUCUGCGAAGAACAAUCGGCGCCGAAUUCUUGGACGUCGACACGAUUAAUCUCGGGGGUUUCCGGUUCACCAGGCGAGAGCUUCAUUCACGCGCGCUCCGAGCCUGUUCGCAUCAGAAUAGUCAGGAAUUGAUCUACCACGGAGCGGCCGGACGAUCGCAUAGAUCAGCGCCUGCGAUCACUCUGACGGACGUGAUGACAAAUUACUGACGCGCAUGUCGCGGGAUCCGAACAAUUUUUUUUUCUCUCUCUCCCUUUAUUUCAUAGAUAUUUUAUACGAUUGUUUUUAAAUGUGUUACGUGUAUACAUAUACACCUAUAUGUAACAUGAUACAAGUAUACAUGUAUACUGAAUGUCGAUAUUUCGUACCUGUUUAAUACGUAAGUCACCAAAGUAUAUUGAUUGAUAUAUACAUAUACCUGUAUACAUAUAUUAUUAUAUACAGAUUAACGUUGAUCGGUUGUAAUUUAAUAAAA